AUGUCAACUACACCAGGCAGAGGUGGUGGCGGCGGCGGCGGUCGUAAAAGGGACAAAGUCAAGGGAUGGAUCAAAGGGUCCUUCCGAGGCAGUCCAAGUUCAUCGCAGACGCCGAUUCAAGUCCUCUCUCCCAACACGGCUCUACCUCUGGCAAACCAAAAUGGCAUGAUAUUUCCUUUAAGAGGGCCACGAGGCGCGAAGAUUGUUAUGCUCACCAACGGCACUUGGAACGAUGCGUUGCGGGCCAAAGCACCGUCGGACGCACAAACCAAUAUCUAA